AUGGUGUUUUUGUUUGUUUGUUUGUUUGUUUGUUUUAAAUUACUUGAAAGUGAGGAAGAUUACUAUCAACUAGUGUCAAAUGUUAUUAUGCUUUUUUCUUUCUUUUUUUUGAGUUUUCAUAGUUGUGUUGAAAUUGGUUCAACACUCAAAAACAAAACAAAACAAAACAAAACAAAAACAGACUAAAUAAACUUUAACCUAACUGCCGUUUGAAUAAAAGCAGGAAGUCUGUGUUAAUGUAAUGCACAGUGUUUCAGAUCCACAUCUGGAUGAGUGGAAAGUUCAGGAAUAACAAGCUCAAAUUUAUGGAAUAAAUGAUUAGAACUGUACAUGUUUUGCUGUUCAUUAAAUGAGGGAGUUGCUGGAAAUACUUUGACUCUGGAAAAAGUCUCAGGAAGUUACAGAUCCCCUGAAUCAGUAGGAGACUGUUCUUGACGGGGUUUUUUUUAUUAUUAUUGUUAUUUAUUAAUAUUCAUUAGCGCUUGAGAACCGAUUCUCAAAAAAAAAAAAGAUUCACUUAAAAAGAAUCAUUUAAGAGGGGGGAAGGAACCGAUUCGUUCCCGAGUCUCCCCUCAUCACUACUUUUGGUCUCUGCUCCGUUCUCCUCCUCUCUCGCGCUCCGGAGGGAGAGAGAGGACCAUAAAGCGACUAACGGCGCUGACAGCGCGUGCGGCCUCCGGUGUGCGCACGCGCUCCCCUCCACCGACGUCGAGCCAGAUGCGCGCGGAUACCCGACUCUCACCGUUUUCCAGGCACCGCUUUCUCAGAAUUCAUCCCUUUAUCACGAAUCCUCGCGUCUGAUCAGCCGAGCUACGACACAGCCACCGAGGCGCGCGCGGUUUGUUUUGUUGUUGGAAGCUGAAUGACGGGCGGCCGGUUCGACUUCGACGAUGGCGGAACGUACUGCGGAGGCUGGGCGGACGGCAAAGCCCACGGGCACGGCGUCUGCACCGGCCCCAAGGGCCAGGGCGAGUACUCGGGUUCGUGGCGCAACGGCUUCGAGGCGGUCGGCGUUUACACGUGGCCCAGCGGCAACACGUACCAGGGCCACUGGGCGCAGGGCAAGCGGCACGGACUCGGUGUGGAGGCCAAGGGCCGGUGGCUUUACCGGGGAGAGUGGAGCCACGGGCUGAAGGGGCGCUACGGCGUGCGCCAGAGUCUCAACACCUCCGCCAGGUACGAGGGCACGUGGAGUAACGGGCUGCAGGACGGCUACGGAGUCGAGACCUACGGGGACGGGGGUACGUUUCAGGGCCAGUGGAUGGGCGGGAUGCGUCACGGCUACGGCGUGAGACAGAGCGUGCCGUAUGGCAUGGCUGCCGUGAUCCGCUCGCCGCUGCGCACCUCCCUCGCCUCCCUGCGCAGCGAACAGAGCAACGGUUCCGUCCUGAACGAGCGCUCCUCGGACAGUCCGGCGGGGACACGCGGGGGCUUCGUCCUCAAUGUCCACAGCGACGGCGAGCUCAGCUCAGGCAGGAAGAAAGGUCUGUUCCGGCGUGGCUCACUGUUCGGCAGCCUGAGGCAGCUGAGGAAGUCGGACUCACGUUCUUCCAUCUCGAGUAAGCGUAGCUCGGCACGCAGCGACGCCGCCAUGAGCCACAUCAGCUCCAGCGACGCCAACUCCACGCUCAGCUUCGGAGAGGACGAGGACAACGCUCCGACCGAGGACAACGUUGAUGCAACCACCACCGAGUCGUACACGGGAGAGUGGAAGAACGACAAGCGCAGCGGCUUCGGCAUCAGCGAGCGCUCCAACGGCAUGAAGUACGAGGGCGAGUGGGCCAACAACAAACGCCACGGCUAUGGCUGCACCGUGUUUCCCGACGGCUCCCGCGAGGAGGGCAAGUACAAGAACAACGUGCUUGUGAGGGGCAUCAAGAAGCAGCUCAUUCCGCUGAAGAACGCCAAGACCAAACAGAAGGUGGAGCGUGCUGUUGAAGGUGCAAUCAGAGCGGCCGCCAUCGCCAGGACGAAAGUGGAGAUCGCCACCUCCAGAACGGCCCACGCCAGAGCUAAAGCAGAAGCUGCAGACCAGGCAGCGCUCGCAGCAUGCCAGGAUUCAGACGUGGCUCGUACCGUGGCCCGAGAGCUUUCGCCCUCCUUCCGUCAGCCAGGCCCUGAUUACAUCAAGCAAAAGUUCUCCAGCGAACCGAUAGAGAUUAAAGAAGUCAUCGAAGAGAAAAAAGAGAAAACUCCUUCAGGAAGCCCUCAUUUCUAUCGCAAGGGCACUACGCCCCCCCAAACGCCCACCCACAGCCCGGGUCCGACUCCUCCGCCCUCACCCCCACCCAGCAAAAAGAAAUCCUUCUUCAACCGAAGCGCACCAAAAUCUACCAAAGAGAGCGUAGUGGAGAGCCUAGCGGCCAGCGUCGUCCCCAAAACCGCCCCCAGGGUGCCGGCCAAACAGGAAGUGAAGCAGGAACCGGUGUCUUCUUCUUCUCUUGCGUCCUAUAAGCCCUUGGCGCCGGUCGCCAACUCCUCAAGUCCCGGAAACGGCGCGGUCCAUUCGCAGUACCACAGCUACUUCGUGAAGGCGGAAGUGUCCAUCCCACCCGAGGAGCCGGAGGAGGAGGAGGAAAAGCAAGAAAAUCAGACUGCCCUCGUCAGGGCGACACCCCCUGUCAAGCAAUACCGUACACCUACACCCUCCCUGCCUCCCGCCAAGCUCACCACGACCAGAGAUGUCAAGCCAGAGCCCAAGCUGAAAAAACAAGAUUCUCUGAAGCCAAAGAGUCUAUCAGAAACCAAGAAAGCAAGCAUGGAGAUAACCACGGACGUGGUUGAGGAAGAAUCAGGUCCUAACUCAAUACUGGUGGCAUUAGUGAUGCUGAUUAAUAUCGGGCUAGCCAUUAUUUUUGUCCACUUCUUGACUUGAUGCAUCAUCAAACUCAGGUUCAUUUAUGCUGCAUCUGGAGCAGCUUUUGGUCAUCCGUGGCUUUCUAAACAACUUAGCAAGCCAAGCUCUUCUGACAUGUAAUUGUGGUCCUCUGAUUGUUUCGCCUUUUCAGCGAGUUCUUCAGGACGUGCGGCGUAGGCCCCGUAAUUCUCUGCGGUUGUAUGGACGGCCUUUACAACACGCCGCUCAGACUCAGACACAGGCAAAGGACGACUGGAAUUAAGAGCGAAAAAAUGGUGGAGUGAAAAAAACGCAGAGUCCCGUAGCCGAGCCCAAGCAGGUCCCCCGCCACCCGCCCCCAACCUCCAGCCCCGCCCCAUCCUGACCGUGAUUUACGACUCGCUUGGGCUCUGUGAAAGCUGAAGCAAGCACAGUCGUUGGUAAAAGGGGGUGGGGGGGGAUAAAAAUAAAAAAAUGUGCUG